GACCAGGGAGGUGGAAGCGUGCUCCAGCCCCUGUCCCUGCAGCAUGGGAAGGGGAGGCAGAUUGGGUUCCACUAGCAGGGGUGGUGACACCGACACCAUCACAAGGAGGCUCGGCUGCCAGGGCCAGGCAUUCUGCCCUGCCUUUGCCACUCACAUCUGUUUCCAGAGCCCCAGGGCUAGGCUGGGCCCAGGAUGCAGUUCCCAAUAAGACCCUUUGCAAGGAGAAGCUUGAAUAGAACCACUAUGUCCUCAGACUUCCCUGAGGUGGAGAAGCGAAGGGGUUAACUGCUUCUUAGGUUGCCAGGGACCCCGAGGGGCCCAGCCCAGGGAGCCAGCAGCCUGAGCAUUAGGACUCCGGGAGGAAGAGGCUGUUUCUGUGCCCUGGCUUGGGGAUGUCUAGAAUGUGGGUGCCUCAGACCCAGGAUUUGCUGUCCCAGUGGAACUCAGUCUGCGGUAGGGACUGUGCUGAGCCCCAGGCAAGGUGUCCCAUCUAUCACAUUGCUAUGACAGCUUGGAGGGGUGGGGACGCCUCCCAGGGCCACAGAGCUCCUAAGUGACAGUGAGAGCCCAGGCCCACCCAGGCUGUCCUGUCCCCCCAAGAGGGUGGCCGUGUAGGGGAUGCUGCUGCCAGCAGGCUGGUUGGCCCCAGUCACCAGCCUCAGGCUUCUCCUGACCCUUACACAAAGAGCACUGAGAUUUUCCCAGCUGGGGGCUUGUGGCCCAGAGGAGUCCAGCAUAUGACUGGAGGUCACACAGGAGCAGGGCAGAGCACAGGCCGCCUUCUCUGGGCCACGAUGCACUUUUUGCACUUGUUCCUCCCCCAUCCUCACCCCCACCCCCGACCCCUGCCGGGCACAGAGCCCUUGGUAUGAACAGGGAAGAACCCCCACUGGCCAGAGCUGAAGCUUCCAGAACCACGCUCAGGGGUUCUUAGCUCUGGGCUGAUCCCUGAGAGCCUCAGGCUUCUCUGCCAAGGCCCUUUUCUGACUCAAGGACAAAAUCCUGUGAGUUUCUCCCCUGGAAUGGUCAAGUUAAUGGCUGGCUUCAGGGCCUCACAAAACAAGGCUGCUGAGAACACGCCUUCCUUCCCAAGGAAGACUUGAGGGCCCCUGGGAGGGCGUUUCCUGGCUGGGGAAGGGAAGGCACUCCACACAAUCUGCAUAAUGGAUGCGCCCUCCCCCUCCCACAGGCUCCCUCCCCCUUCCCCCCACACCAGCUCUGAUCUGUGUGCCGCAGAGGCACAGCUUCUUCGCAUUUCGAUGACGGGGGAAGGGCCUUGCUCAAGGUCACUGUGGGUUCAGGGAGGAGGAGGAGAGAACGCAGGCCGCCCAGCUUCCAUUUAAAGCUCCAAAGGAGUCCACGUACCCUCCUAUCUGGGUGGAGCAGCAGGUUGGGGCCACAGCAGACCAAGGGCAGCUCCAAACCAGGCCAGAGGAGCCCCACAUCCACUCUGGGUUGGCCACUGGGAGAUGAGGGCACCCAGCAGGACUCCCCAAGGGAGGGCACAAAGAUGAAGCCAGCCUGAGACGGAGGGGCAGAGGGAAAAAUGGGCACUUCAGCAAGUUGGGCCGGGGGCAUGGGCAUCAAGGGCCAGCCAGAAGCUGCCAAGAGCUGGAGGAAGCCAAAGCAAAGUAACUGGUGCCCCUACCCAAUGUCCAAGCUGGUCACCUUACUAGCUCUUUGCAAAACAGAGAAAUUCCUCAUCCACUCGCAGCAGCCGUGUCUGCAGGGAGCUCCAGACUGCCAGAAAGUCAAAGUCAUGUACCGCAUGGCCCACAAGCCAGUGUACCAGGUCAAGCAGAAGGUGCUGACCUCUUUGGCCUGGAGGUGCUGCCCUGGCUACACGGGCCCCAACUGCGAGCACCAUGAUUCCAUGGCAAUCCCUGAGCCUGCAGAUCCUGGUGACAGCCACCAGGAACCUCAGGAUGGACCAGUCAGCUUCGAACCUGGCCACCUUGCUGCAGUGAUCAAUGAGGUUGAGGUGCAACAGGAACAGCAGGAACAUCUGCUGGGAGAUCUCCAGAAUGAUGUGCACCGGGUGGCAGACAGCCUGCCAGGCCUGUGGAAAGCCCUGCCUGGUAACCUCACAGCUGCAGUGAUGGAAGCAAAUCAAACAGGGCACGAGUUCCCUGAUAGAUCCUUGGAGCAGGUGCUGCUACCCCACGUGGACACCUUCCUACAAGUGCAUUUCAGCCCCAUCUGGAGGAGCUUUAACCAAAGCCUGCACAGCCUUACCCAGGCCAUAAGAAACCUGUCUCUUGAUGUGGAGGCCAACCGCCAGGCCAUCUCCGGAGUCCAGGACAGUGCCGUGGCCAGGGCUGACUUCCAGGAGCUUGGUGCCAAAUUUGAGGCCAAGGUCCAGGAGAACACUCAGAGAGUGGGUCAGCUGCGGCAGGACGUGGAGGACCGCCUGCACGCCCAGCACUUUACCCUGCACCGCUCGAUCUCAGAGCUCCAAGCCGAUGUGGACACCAAAUUGAAGAGGCUGCACAAGGCUCAGGAGGCCCCAGGGACCAAUGGCAGUCUGGUGUUGGCAACGCCCGGGGCUGGGGCAAGGCCUGAGCCGGACAGCCUGCAGGCCAGGCUGGGCCAGCUGCAGAGGAACCUCUCAGAGCUUCACAUGACCACGGCCCGCAGGGAGGAGGAGUUGCAGUACACCCUGGAGGACAUGAGGGCCACCCUGACCCGGCACGUGGAUGAGAUCAAGGAACUGUACUCCGAAUCGGACGAGACUUUCGAUCAGAUUAGCAAGGUGGAGCGGCAGAUGGAGGAACUGCAGGUGAACCACACGGCGCUCCGUGAGCUGCGCGUGAUCCUGAUGGAGAAGUCUCUGAUCAUGGAGGAGAACAAGGAGGAGGUGGAGCGGCAGCUCCUGGAGCUCAACCUCACGCUGCAGCACCUGCAGGGUGGCCAUGCCGACCUCAUCAAGUACGUGAAGGACUGCAAUUGCCAGAAGCUCUAUUUAGACCUAGACGUCAUCCGGGAGGGCCAGAGGGACGCCACGCGUGCCCUGGAGGAGACCCAGGUGAGCCUGGACGAGCGGCGGCAGCUGGACGGCUCCUCCCUGCAGGCCCUGCAGAACGCCGUGGACGCCGUGUCGCUGGCCGUGGACGCGCACAAAGCGGAGGGCGAGCGGGCGCGGGCGGCCACGUCGCGGCUCCGGAGCCAAGUGCAGGCGCUGGAUGACGAGGUGGGCGCGCUGAAGGCGGCCGCGGCCGAGGCCCGCCACGAGGUGCGCCAGCUGCACAGCGCCUUCGCCGCCCUGCUGGAGGACGCGCUGCGGCACGAGGCGGUGCUGGCCGCGCUCUUCGGGGAGGAGGUGCUGGAGGAGAUGUCUGAGCAGACGCCGGGACCGCUGCCCCUGAGCUACGAGCAGAUCCGCGUGGCCCUGCAGGACGCCGCUAGCGGGCUGCAGGAGCAGGCGCUCGGCUGGGACGAGCUGGCCGCCCGAGUGACGGCCCUGGAGCAGGCCUCGGAGCCCCCGCGGCCGGCAGAGCACCUGGAGCCCAGCCACGACGCGGGCCGCGAGGAGGCCGCCACCACCGCCCUGGCCGGGCUGGCGCGGGAGCUCCAGCGCCUGAGCAACGACGUCAAGAAUGUCGGGCGGUGCUGCGAGGCCGAGGCCGGGGCCGGGGCCGCCUCCCUCAACGCCUCCCUUGACGGCCUCCACAACGCACUCUUCGCCACUCAGCGCAGCUUGGAGCAGCACCAGCGGCUCUUCCACAGCCUCUUUGGGAACUUCCAAGGGCUCAUGGAAGCCAACGUCAGCCUGGACCUGGGGAAGCUGCAGACCAUGCUGAGCAGGAAAGGGAAGAAGCAGCAGAAAGGCCUGGAAGCUCCCCGGAAGAGGGACAAGAAGGAAGCGGAGCCUUUGGUGGACAUACGCGUCACAGGGCCUGUGCCAGGUGCCUUGGGCGCGGCGCUCUGGGAGGCAGGAUCCCCUGUGGCCUUCUAUGCCAGCUUUUCAGAAGGGACGGCUGCCCUGCAGACAGUGAAGUUCAACACCACAUACAUCAACGUUGGCAGCAGCUACUUCCCUGAACAUGGCUACUUCCGAGCCCCUGAGCGUGGUGUCUACCUGUUUGCAGUGAGCGUUGAAUUUGGCCCAGGGCCAGGCACCGGGCAGCUGGUGUUUGGAGGUCACCAUCGGACUCCAGUCUGUACCACUGGGCAGGGGAGUGGAAGCACAGCAACGGUCUUUGCCAUGGCUGAGCUGCAGAAGGGUGAGCGAGUGUGGUUUGAGUUAACCCAGGGAUCAAUAACAAAGAGAAGCCUGUCGGGCACUGCAUUUGGGGGCUUCCUGAUGUUUAAGACCUGAACCCCAGCCCCGAUCUGAUCAGACAUCAUGGACUCGCCCAGCUCUCCUUGGCCUGGGGCUCUGGCCAAGGAUGGGCUGGAGGUCAUUCAGUUGGUCUGUCUCUUCCCUGGAAACCUUCUGCAAAGACGGUGUGGUGUACGUGGCCUCCCUCUAACCACACGGGGCUUGGCCAUUUCUCCAUGAUGAGAAGGACUGGAAUGCUUCUCCGGGCAGGACAUGGUCCUAGGAAGCCUGAACCUUGGCUUGGCAUGCCUUCUCAGACAGCACGGCCUGGGCUCCAACUCUUCACCACACCCUGUAUUCUACAACUUCUUUGGUGUUUUGCUCCUCCUGUGGUUGGAAACUUCUGUACAACACUUUAAACUUUUCUCUUGCUUCCUCUUCUCUUCUCCCUUAUCGUAUGAUAGAAAGACAUUCUUCCCCAGGAGGAAUGUUUAAAAUGGAGGCAACAUUUUGGCCAACAUUGGAAAGCACUAGAGGGCAAUGGGAUUAAACCAACCUGCUUGGUCUCUAUUAGUCAGUAAUGAAGACGACAGCCUGGCCAACCAAGGGAAAGGAAAUUAGUAUCUUUAGUUUCAGUCAUUCCUUGUAGGAUAUGGUUUAGCUGUGCCCCCACCUAAAAUAUCAUCUUGAAUUGUAAUCCCUAUAAUCCCCACGUCAAGGGAGAGAUCAGGUGGAGGUAAUUGGAUCUUGGGGGCGGUUCCCCCAUGCUGUUCUUGUGAUAGUUCUCAAGAGAUCUGAUGAUUUUAUAAGUUUGAUAGUUCCUCCUGUGUUCAUUCUCCUUCCUGCCACCUUGUGAAGAUGCCUUGGUUCCUCUUCACUGUCUGCCAUGAUUGUAAGUUUCCUGAGGCCUCCCCAGCCAUGUGGAACAGUGAGUCAAUUAAACCUCUUUCCUUUAUAAAUUA